AUGCCAGGCCCAGAAGGGGCUCCCACAGGUAAGCGGAGGGCUGGGGUGGGGGGCGAGCAUGGGAAGUCGCUGCGAGCUGGCUCCGGGGACGCGGGCAGGGAGGCGGCUUUGAGGAGGCCCAGCUUCAUCCACGAGGAGUGUGAUGUUCCCGGCCGUUGUCAUCGCUGUCACCGGAGGGAGUCACCAAACCCAGAGGGAGGCCGAUUUGGGGGUUUGGAUCCCAAACCCUCCUCUUGCACUCACCAGAAUUCACAAAGGAGGCGAACCAUAUUCACAGAGAAGCAGCUAGAAGACUUGAACUUCUUGUUCAGCAAGAACCCGUACCCACACCCCAGCCUUCAGAAGGAGAUGGCCUUAAAAAUGGAUCUACAUCCAACGGUGCUGCAGGUUUGGUUCAAGAACCACCGAGCGAAGCUUAAGAGGGCAAGGCUGAAGUUCGCCCAGCAGCACCCCGACACCCCGCAGCACCCCGACGCCCAGAGAGAGCAGCUCCUUGGGGGUGGCGUCAAAACCAGAGCUUCCCAGAGGGACAUGGACCCAGCACCCGGAUCCCCGGACCAUGCCUGCCCAGCCCCCCUAGUUUACACAGACAGCCGGACACCCUCAUUCCAGCUCAGUGUAUGCUCCAACAUCAGGGCCCCCGCAGACCCCUCCGCUGGCCACAAAAUAGUGCACUUCGGCUGUUGCCGGGAUCCGAACAUAUACUGUCUGUCUCCCAUCCUGGAGCCCCUGGUGCGCUCCCGAAGCCUCAGUCCUCGUUCUUAGCGUCAGUUCUCCUUCCCUGGGCUCUUCGGGGACACCAGAAAGAGGUGGGACACAGCGGUCACACUGCCACGCCUCCCAACGCAGGAACGCCGCCAGCCAUAAGGAACAAAGCAGAGACGCGGCAUCAGGGACAGAUGGCAAAAACAUCAGAGAGGGCCAAGGGGGCGAGGGGUGGGA